GUGCUCGGCCCGGUCACCUGCCCGCCAGCUGCGGCGAUGAAAUACGUGCCGGAAGCGAAGAAGUCGUCGCCGCACCUGCUGAAGCAAUUCACAGUGUGUGACAUUCCUCUGCAUGACAUUUGUGACUACAACGUCUCCAGGGACCGAUGCAAGGAGCUCGGGUGCUGCUUCUACAAAGGCGUCUGCUACGAGAAAGCAGUUCCCAUUUACGUCCACGUGUUCUCCGCCUUGAUUGUGAUCAUCGCUGGGGCCUUCGUCAUCACCAUCAUCUACAGAGUCGUUCAGGAGAGCAGGAGACAAAGGGCCAUCCCUACGGAUGUCACGCUGCCACAGAAGUCCGGUGAAAAGGCGGAGGUGGCCUCAUCCAGCAGCAAGUUAGGGCUGAAGCCUCCGAGUCCUGGGCCUCCGAGUGCUGGGCCCUCAAUGAAGAGUGACGCGGACAAGGAUGAUGUAACAGUGACAAUAGCAGAAGCCGAAGAAACUGAGGACUGACUGAAACGCAUAAAGAAGUGGAGAUUGGCAGAAUUAUCCAAAUGAAAUGGUACAGCAGGUGCACUGUUAACAGUGUGAUGGAAUGACCACCCAAUGAGAAAAAAAUAAAGGUAUUUUGAAAAUUG